AUGAGAAGUGUUCACGGAUUAUCUGUAACAUCUAUCUUUGACUUUCAAUCUAGCCGACAUUUCCCAGAAUUUGGAUUCGAUCUCCAACAAGAGCGACUAGUUUCUUCCCCCUUGGGUUGCUUGUGCCCGGAUCACAGAAAGUCCACAUAUCCAUAUCGUACCCUUCCUGAGAGCAAUGUCAGUGUCAAAACCAACGAAGCUAGAAUUGGAGGUGAUAACCUCAAAUUAACAGAGAUUAGCAAAACCUUCAACCGACUAUCUACAUCUACCAAACUUACCUACUUCAAACAAAUUCUCCUUGAAAUUAAGACAGACACAAAUGAUAGUACCACCCCUCGUGAUCAGUGUAUCACACUCCAAUCCAGGGCCAACGAUACUACAACCCCUAUAGAAUAUCAAUUCAAGAGAAAAGAGAAACCCAAACUCAAUCUUCCUCCAAGCAUUCCAUUCCAUUGCCCUUCCAACCUUCUACCAUUCACCAACCCUGUCCUCCUUCCCUCCUUUGACAACGCCAUCAACAUAUCCAUACCUUAA